AUGGAGCUUUGCUGGUCACAGCGCAUCAGAGUUAAUGGAACUCACAGCUGGUAUCAAGGCAAUUCUUACCUCCUCGACCACAAUACACCCACCAGGGAGCAGCCUUUACUUCUCUAUCUUACCUCGACUGACAAGUUUAUUGGGGCUCUUUUUGCGCAAACAGUCGAAGGGCAAGAACGACCAGUCUAUUAUCUCAGUCGCCUUGUACGAGAGACUGAGGCUCGCUACUCAGCCAUCGAGCGCCAUUGCCUCGCACUUGUAUUUGCAGCACAGAAAUUUAGACACUAUUUCAUGGCUCAUCGCGUCCAUUUGAUCACAAAGUGUGACCCGUAUAGGCACCUCCUCUCUAAGCCAAUCAUCUCAGGAAAAGCGUCGCGAUGGUUUUUAGCUCUCUCAGAGUUCGAUUUUACAUGCUUUGCACCACGGGGUAUUAAGAGCCAAGCUUUAGCAGAUUUGCUCGCACAGUUCCCUAAACAGAGGCACGAGCCCCUCGAUGACGCAUUGCCCCUUGAUGAACUCCAGGUUGCUACCAUCCAAGACAGUCACAGUGAGUGGCAACUUGCUUUUGAUGUGUCUUCCACUAGCAAGGGAGGAGGGGCAGGUAUCAUCCUCACCUCUCCAACUCAACACAUCACAGCGGCCUUCAAACUUGCUUUUCGCUGUUCUAACAACGAAGCCGAGUAUGAAGCACUUAUUCUUGGCCUCCUCGUAGCCUUUGACAAGGGCAUCUCGAGAUUAUGCAUAUGUGGAGACUCCAAACUAGUUGUUAAGCAGGUGACGGGCAAGUACGCCAUCCGCGAGCCUUCGCUCGCAUCUUAUCGUACCAUUAUUCAAAGGCUCCUCGCUAGAUUCUCCUCCGUUCGGUUCCUGCAUGUACCUCGUUCCAAUAAUAGGUACCCAGAUGCACUUGCAACGUUAGCCUCUAAACUAAUAAUUGCAGAUGACAUGACUCAGAUCCACAUCACCAAGCGCAUUGGUCCAGCUACCAUCACUGAGCUUUUCCCAGCCUAA